UCCACCACUCCUCCUCUUUAUUCUCCACAGACGGAUGGGCUGGAAGCACAUAACAUUACAAGGGGCUAUCUGAGGAAAAACACGCUCUGAUUGGAAUAAACUGGACUUGAAUCCCUUCAGUGAAUCAGGAAAUUUGACAAUAAAAAGACAGAGGCAUCAGCUGGAUAUUUCUGCGGUGAUAAAGACUUCAUAAACAACUUCCCAUUUCAGACCGCGCAUAUCUGUCCUUCAGCGAGUCGAGGAGAAGUUGACAGGCGCGUGAAUAAGCUUACAGUGGGCAAGGUCGAGGAGAGAAGAAAAUCAAGCGUCCAUAAACAGCAGGGGUCGAGGAGGAGGAGGUGAGGAUGGACGCCCUUGUUCCUGUGCUGAAGAGUUACCCAGGCGCCUCUGUGCUGGGGUUCGCUCUGAUUUUCAGGCUGAUCCACCGGUUGCUGCAAAGAUUGCCUGUGCCCAAAGUAGUGCAGCAGGAUGACCACACCUGGAAGUGGAGAAACCUAUCUGUCUCAAUGGUGCACUCCCUGCUGACAGGGACAUGGGCCUUGACUUGUGUGUUGGUUUGGCCCGAGACGUUGUACAACCUUCACUCUUACCACACCUCUCUGUCAUACCUGCUCGUCUGCGUCUCAACAGGAUACUUUGUCCAGGAUGCAGGUGACAUUAUCCUAACAGGACAUGCAAAAGCAUCAUGGGAAUUUUUAAUCCAUCAUACACUGGUGAUAUCAUGUUUCCUGUACAGCCUCUACACUCAGCUUUAUGUAGCCGGCGCUGUAAUUGCUCUCUUUGUGGAGGUCAACAGUGUCACACUGCACCUGCGGCUGCUGCUGAAACUGGCAAACGCUCAGUCCUCCCCCAUGUACCAAAUCAACAAAGUCCUCAACAUCAUCACCUACAUCACAUUUCGUCUGAGCACCCAGUUUUACCUCACCUGGUACAUCGUCCACAAUUACACCUGGCUGGACAAUGGUUCAUUCUUCCUCGCCUCCAUGAUAGGGAUGAAUACCAUGAUCCUGAUUUAUUUCUACCGCCUUCUACGUGCUGACUUCUUUCCCCGGAAUUCGAGAGCUGUGAGACACAAUGGAACACAUAACAACAACUCCAAAAAGUUUCUCACUGAUUGAUUGGUGGAGGUCUGUGGACUUAUUUUUUGUUUUCUAUAAAGUGGGAGUUUACAUCUCUUGUUCCCCCCUGCCAAAGACCCCUACCCAAAUACAACUUUUGGAUGAAAAGAUGCAGCCUUGUUCAGAAAGGUUGGAAAUUCAGAAAAGUGGCUUCAUAGGUAAAAAUGCAAUCCAACGAAGCUUUCAUUGAAGCCACAUUCUGUCAUACACUCUUGUAACAUCUCUCAAACCAUUGCAGUUUUAGUACUUUCACUGACUAAAUAGCUUUCCUGAAUCUGUUUGAGAUAAUCUACCAUAAAACCACAAAGUCUUGUUUUAUACUCUGUUUUGUACACAUUAAACAAAUAAUAAACAAAAGUUUAAUUGCUAA